AUGCAUAUUGGCUUCAUAGGUUUGUUCAAAUGGGGUGUUAAACAUGGUCUUGGCCAUUACCAUUCCAGGAAUGGAGAUACAUAUGUUGGAGAAUAUCUUGCAGACAAGAUGCAUGGUUUUGGUGUUUACAGUUUUGCAAAUGGUUAUAGAUAUGAAGUUUCAUGGCAAUAUGGAAGAAGACAGGGACUUGGAAUGUACACUUUCAAAAAUGGAGAGACUCAAUCUGGACAUUGGCAAAAUGGUGUUCUUGAUGUUCCAACCUCACAAAGUGCCACUUAUCCUGUUUCACCUGUUGUUGUUUAUCAUUCCGAACUUCUUAAUGCAAUUCAGGCAAGAAGAGCGGGUGAGAAAGCAUAUGACGUGGCAAAAAUAGAUGAAAGAGUGAACAAGGCGGUGGCAGCCACCAACUGA